AUGGCCAGCCACGUGGACUUGCUGACGGAGCUGCAGCUGCUGGAGAAGGUGCCCACGCUGGAGCGGCUGCGGGCGGCCCAGAAGCGCCGGGCCCAGCAGCUGAAGAAGUGGGCGCAGUACGAGCAGGACUUGCAGCACCGCAAGCGCAAGCAUGAGCGGGAACGGAAGCGCAGCGCCGGAGGCCGCCGCAAGAAGGUGUCCUUCGAGGCCAGCGUGGCCCUGCUGGAGGCCUCCCUGAGGAAUGACGCUGAGGAAGUACGCUACUUCCUGAAGAAUAAGGUCAGCCCUGAUUUGUGCAAUGAGGACGGACUCACAGCCUUGCACCAGUGCUGCAUUGACAACUUUGAGGAAAUCGUCAAGCUGCUCCUUUCCCAUGGUGCGAACGUGAACGCCAAGGACAAUGAACUGUGGACACCACUGCAUGCUGCAGCCACCUGCGGCCACAUCAACCUGGUGAAGAUCCUCGUUCAGUAUGGGGCCGACUUGCUUGCUGUCAACUCUGAUGGGAACAUGCCAUAUGACCUCUGCGAGGACGAGCCCACACUGGAUGUCAUCGAGACCUGCAUGGCGUACCAGGGCAUCACCCAAGAGAAAAUCAAUGAGAUGCGGGCAGCUCCGGAGCAGCAGAUGAUUGCGGACAUCCACUGUAUGAUUGCAGCAGGCCAGGACCUUGACUGGAUAGAUGCCCAGGGUGCCACACUGCUGCACAUUGCCGGAGCCAAUGGAUACCUGCGGGCAGCUGAGCUCCUCCUGGACCAUGGAGUGCGCGUGGAUAUGAAGGACUGGGAUGGCUGGGAGCCUCUGCAUGCGGCUGCCUUCUGGGGACAGAUGCAGAUGGCAGAGCUCUUGGUGUCCCAUGGGGCUAGUCUCAGUGCUAGGACAUCCAUGGAUGAGAUGCCAAUAGACCUGUGUGAGGAGGAGGAGUUCAAAGUCCUGUUGCUGGAGCUAAAACAUAAGCACGACGUUAUCAUGAAGUCACAGCUGAGGCACAAGUCAUCCUUGAGCCGGAGGACAUCCAGUGCAGGCAGCCGUGGGAAGGUGGUGCGUCGAGCCAGCCUGUCGGACAGGACCAACCUGUACAGGAAGGAAUACGAGGGAGAGGCCAUCCUGUGGCAGCAGCGGAGCACAGCCGAGGACCAGCGGACCUCCACCUACAACGGGGACAUCAGGGAGACCAGGACCGACCAAGAGAAUAAGGACCCAAACCCCAGGCUGGAGAAACCCGUGCUGCUCUCUGAAUUUUCCACCAAGAUCCCACGGGGUGAACUGGACGUGCCUGUUGAAAAUGGCCUCCGGGCUCCGGUCAGCGCCUACCAGUACGCACUGUCCAAUGGGGAUGUCUGGAAGGUGCAUGAGGUGCCUGACUACAGCAUGGCCUAUGGCAGCCCUGGCAUGGCUGAUGCCACCCCGCCCUGGAGUGGCUACAAAGAGCAGAGCCCCCAGACGCUUCUGGAGCUGAAGCGGCAGCGGGCUGCAGCCAAGUUGCUCAGCCACCCCUUCCUGAGCACCCACCUGGGCAGCAGCAUGGCCAGGACUGGCGAGAGCAGCAGUGAAGGCAAGACCCCUUUGAUCGGAGGCAGAACUUCACCAUACAGCAGCAAUGGGACCUCAGUGUAUUACACAGUCACCAGCGGAGAUCCCCCGCUCUUAAAGUUCAAGGCCCCCAUGGAGGAGAUGGAGGAGAAGGUCCAUGGUUGCUGUCGCAUCUCCUAG